GCUGGAAAUAUUCUCAAAUUUCUAUCGUCCUCCAAGAAAGCAGAGUGCUUAGCUUUGGGUUUGAGCAAGACUUUUGGAAACGCCUGCUUUUUCUUUGGAGAAGAAUGAUGAACAUUUUGCCGAUUUUCUGACAUAUAAUUGACAGAAACAGUCACCGAAUUGUCAUUAAUAUACAUGUAUUAUACAUUUUAAAUAGUUUUGCCACGUCGUCACGUUUGGCUUGGGGAGAGCAGAAUCAACGCAUAGUGAGCCAUCUUCUUUACACAGUACAUCUUUGUUCCCGGUAGCCCCAUACAAUACAGUUUGUUCUCAGUUCGGUGUAACGGUGAUGUUCUUCCAUGUAAUGCGACCACAAGUGCGGCAUUGCACCGUUUUUCUUUCUUCGGGCAUUCCCCAGUUUUGUCCAAGGCUGACGACUUGCUAGGUUAUGGGGAGCUGUCGGACAUUUGCAAACACACUCAAAGCACGCGAGUCCAUCUGCCCCCCCACAGCACAGGCCCCUCACGUUUGACUUGCCGGCCGCUGGAGACUUAGUUUCAAAGCUAACGUCAAGAUAGCAUCCGAGCUGUGCACAUGACACGCAGAGACGUUUAAACAUUAUGCGGGUACAAAACGUCAACGGAAGACGAAUGCAAUCCAUGCAACGUGCUUGAAAACAACAACCAACCAGUCUUCCAUGCGGACUUCCCCCGCUACACUUGAGAUUACACCGGUGCCGCUCAGUCCGCUAUAAUCAUGUUGCUGACGAACGCAAACCGUCUCCUGGCCAGAAGAAAAGCCUUGCUCCAGAUGCAAUUGCACCAUGACAUGACGCUCAGCUCCGUAACCGGUAAGAGACUGCGGGUACUGGUUGACAUGGACGGCGUGCUGGCCGACUUUGAGGGGGGCUUCUUGAAGAAGUACCGGGCCAGGUACCCGGACGCGCCGUACAUCACGCUGGAGGACCGGAGAGGGUUCUGGGUGUCCAAGCAGUACGGACGACUUCGGAGUGACCUCUCUGAGAAAGCCAUUAGCAUCUGGGAGUCCAAGGACUUCUUCAGAGAACUGGACCCCCUUCCUGGUGGGGUUGAGGCAGUCAAGCAGAUGGCCAAAAUGGACAACACAGAUGUUUUUAUUUGCACCAGCCCAAUCAAGCAUUUCAAGCACUGCCCGUACGAAAAGUACGCGUGGGUGGAAAAGCAUUUGGGUCACGACUUUCUGGAGCAGGUUAUCCUAACCAGAGACAAGACGGUGGUCAGCGGAGACAUCCUUAUCGACGACAAGCCUGACAUUUUAGGUGUGGAGCCCAAACCGACCUGGGAGCACAUUUUGUUCGCCGCCUGCCACAACAAGCACCAUCCCGUCAGCCCCUCAAAGAGACGCUUGCUGUCCUGGUCUGACGACUGGAGGGCCAUCCUGGAGAGCAAAAGGCAGUGACAUCUUUAAAUACCAACGUCGGGGUCCGAAAUCACCAGCAGCGUUGCCUUAUAUCUAAGUGCCAAGGCUCAGUUAGCGGACCAAGAAGAGAGUUCACACAAACCACACUCGGUAACAUGUCUCACCUUAGUGGACCACAAGUGGGCACUCCAAGACUGAAGCAUGUUUUCACCAAGCCAAAAACAAAUGCCGUACUGUAACAGAUAGACCAGAACUAACUCACUUUUAGCGCUAAAUGUCACAUGCAUGUGCUCGUAUAGGAAAAAUUGUUUAGAAUUGAACCGAUUUUUGCAGAAUGGGAUGAAUGAGCCACCGGACGUGCAGCGAGCACUUCGCUACCUACCACUGGUCGGCUUAUGUUUUUAAAGGCAACAGUGCCUGUUUUUCUUUUUUAUUCAGUGUCUAAAUUGAUGUCAGAGAUGAUGUUUGUUUCUUUUUGGUGCUACUUUUUUUCUUACUUUCAACAUCUAUGCAUUUAGUCUAGUUUUGGGACACUGAACAGAAUAAGAGGCAUCAUUUUUAUUUUUUGAAAUAUAGAGGUGCAUACAUGAACACAUGCUAGUGUAGAAUAAAACGGAGUUAAAAUAAAGACUGAUUAAUUUUAAGUGUUUGCUAAUUAAUGUACUAAUAAUACCAAAUCAUGUUAUUCUACAACUUCAUUUGUUUUGUUUAGAAACAAGGACUUUUUUUUCUCCUAUGCUUUACAUUUACAUGAUGAAAUGUAGUGUUUUUUUAUUGUGUUUGAGAUUUACUUCAAACAUCAAAGUACUGUAACAUGUCAUUCAUUACAUGAAUGAUAUUAGGUUAUUUCUGAUAUGAUUUACCAUUGACUGGUAAAAUACCUACACCAAGACCUUUGUUAUUGGGUUUAUAAUCAUGUUCUCUCAGUGUCAAAAAUAUGUCUUCACUGAAGAUUGUCAACAAUAAGCCCACGUUUGAGCCGUGUUGCAGUUUUCUGUCAGUGUUGCAUCUUUAGUUUGUCUGGAUAUUAUUCUCUAAUGUGUGCAGUGCUGUUUUGAUACUGCUGUUCAUUACUUUCCAACCUGCAUUGCAAUUUUUUUUUAUCAUAUUCCUAAUCACAGAGUGUAUGCUGUAAUUUGUUUGCGGUUAAACAAAUGCUUUCUAGCCUACAAUAAAAUA